AUGAAUAACCAACUUACCAUCAUUGAAGAACCACGUUUAAAAAAUUUCGAUUAUAAAUGUUCACCUCAAACCUUGGGAUUACAUAACUUUUUCAUAGACGAACCAGCAUCUAAAUGGUGCCUUGAAACUUUCGUUAAUAGAGUAAUAAAAAACAAAGAAACAGAACUCAAUUUUGAUCAAAUUCAGGAACUUUUCUUAACCAACUUGGAUCAAAUUAAUAAUCUAAAGAGUACACCCCAAAGUGUUCAUAGCUUUUGUGAAAACUAUAUUAACUGGUUACAGUUUUUUGAAGAAACCAUUGAAAGAGAAAAAUUAGUGCUACAAAAGCGAAAGCAGAAAGAGAUUCUUGAGGAAUAUGUGAUUGAGAAUGCUAAAUUUCAGGCAUUUGAGAGCAGUAUGCAACUUCCAAGAAGGGAGAAGAGGAAAAUAACAUCAUCACCACCUCGGGAAAGCACCUCCGAUGAUGAAGAUGUACUUCUGACAACACCAAACAAGAAGAUAUAUGUCGAGUCAAUUCCCAUUGUAUGUGCAUUUGGUGUAAAUAUAUUCAAACUGAAAAAAUUAUUAGGGAAUGAUUUAGCGAACCAAAUCUCUGAGUAUCGGGACAAAACACCUUCUAUAUGGACAAAAGAACUAGAGAAUUAUUUAGAAUAUGCAUUGGAUCAAACAGGAAAACAAUUCAAGAUGGCAAUACAGAAUGAAAUAGAAGGAGAAUCGGCUAACAAGUUUAGGUUGUAUAUUGAAAAAGUUUUAAUUUCUUUGUUCAGAUUUUACGAAUCAACAUUUGGAACUUUGACAUUUGACUGGAUUGAAUCUCAUUCACAGGCUGCAAAAGUGACUAAAUCAUCAACAGAUACCGGGAUUGUAAAAGAUGAAUUUUCUGAUUUCAAUAUUUAUAUUCAAUUCAACAAAAAAGGAACUCGGAAUAGAGAUGGAAAUGAUGUCUGGCACAUGGAAGUAGCAAGUCCACCAGGAAACCAAAUAAUAGCUCACACUGUUGAUGACACCAAAAAAACAUUGCGUACUGAUAUUCUAAAUUUGGUGGCUAUUUUAAGAAAUCACCUUAAUAUUGAUGUGAAUAUAGCAAAACAGAUUAAGGUUUUUAGCACACAGGUUAUAGAAAAUCGAUUAACAUUAUAUGCCCUUAGCAUCUUGGAAGAUGGUAGGUUUCUGUCUUAUGAGCUGGCAUCUGCAGAUUUGCCAUUUGAUUUCAAUUCACGUUCAAAGUACAAGGGAAUAUUAUGGAUGAUGGCCAAGUUUCAUGAUGAAAUGGUUCAGCAAAUGGCUAUUUUAGACAAAAUUGAUCGUUUACUUAUUACAUGUAAAGGCAAAACAUUAUAUGCUAAUUUUAAAAUUGCAACAGUUGGAAAUUGUAAUACAUCAAAGCCAUCACUUUUAAAUUUUAGGGAUAGAGCAAAAUGGGAUGCAUGGAAAGAGAAGGAUGACAUCACCAAAGAACAAGCCAUGUUACAAUAUAUUGACAUUAUAGAAAAGGCAAAUGUUGGUUGGGACAGAUAUAAAAUUGAAGAAAAUGAAUUUGAGGAAUUUGGAUCUAAUCCAAAAGAGAGAUGGACUUAUGUUUCUACAAUGUCAUAUGAAGAUGAUGAUGACAAUUCAAAGGAAGAUGAUGAUGAUGCUAUAUUUAAAUAUGUGAAACAAGGCAAGUUGAAUGAAGUAAAUGAAAUAAUAUUGGAUCAAGAUAAAAAAACGGAUUUAAAUAAGAAAGACAAUCAGGGCUUGACACUUUUACAUUGGGCAUGUGAUCGUGGACAUUUAGAUAUUGUUAAAUUGUUAAUUGAAAAUGAUGCAGAUAUAAAUGUUUUGAGUGUUGAUAAUGAAACACCAAUGCAUUAUGAACAACUGGAAUGUGCUCGUUAUCUUUAUAAAAAUGAUGCUGAUUUAUCAAUUAAAGACAACGAGGGAUUGACUGCAUUUGAACAUUGUGGCAAUGAAUACAAAAAUUUAAUUUUGCAAACUUAA